AUGGAUGCGGAAGCACAAAACCAAAUUCAAGAAACUAGUUCGGGAAGAUGUUACUCCAUGGGUUGGGGAAAAGACAGAUUCGGUGAGGAUGGCGUGUUUCACAUCAUUAUGAAAAAGAUUGACCUCCCACUGGUUCGGAGAGACACCUGCCAGAGUAACUUGAGGGAAACUAGACUCGGAAAACACUUCAUAUUACACGAAAGUUUCGUAUGUGCUGGUGGCGAGGAGGGGAAAGAUGCCUGUGAUGGUGACGGUGGUAGCCCUUUGGUCUGCCCCAUCGAGGGACAAGAGGGAAG